UAGAUCUAGUGCGUGUCUGUCCGCGUGCUGGGGUCCUUUUCCGGUUGCCUGCUAGCUCUGUCACCAUUUUGCAGUGUACGGCGGAGAGAAAGGAGUGAACCAUUUGAAAAUGAGCGGCUGUCGAGUGUUCAUUGGUCGGCUGAGCCCCAAUGCCAGAGAGAGGGACGUGGAGAAGUUUUUCAAAGGAUUUGGGCACAUUAAGGAGAUCAAUCUAAAAAACGGCUUUGGCUUUGUGGAGUUUGAUGACCUCAGAGAUGCAGAGGAUGCAGUCUAUGAACUGAAUGGGAAAGAACUGUGCAGUGAAAGGGUCACAAUAGAGCAUGCCCGCUCUCGCAGAGGGAGAGGAGGUGGAGGAGCAGGAGGAGGAAGAGGAGGAGGAGGAGGAGGAGGAGGUGGUGGUGGAAGGUUCUCUCCGCGGUUUAGCAGCUAUCGUCAAUCUCACGGCUCAAUGUAUGGUCCUCCUGUGCGCACAGAGCACAGAAUCGUUGUUGAGAACCUCUCUUCCCGGAUAAGUUGGCAGGAUCUGAAGGAUAUGAUGAGGAAGGUUGGUGAAGUCACAUUUGUGGAUGCACACAGAUCCAACAAGAAUGAAGGAGUGGUGGAAUUUGCUUCACGCAGCGAUAUGAAGAACGCCCUUGAUAAACUAGAUGGGACUGAGCUUAAUGGACGCAAACUCAAACUGACUGAAGAAUGCAAGAGGAAGAGCAGAAGCCGCUCCCGGUCCAGGAGCUACACCAGGUCUCGCAGUCGUUCCCGAUCCAGGAGCCGUUCCAAAUCCCAGAGCAGGAGCCGAAGCAGGAAACGCAGCCGUACCAGGUCCCGCUCGGUCAGCCACAGCCCAGAGACGAAGUCCCUUCCUCGGGCAGCCCCGCGCUCCCACUCCCGCUCUCGCUCCAAGUCUCGAUCCCACUCCCGAUCCCCUCCAGUGCAGAAGCUGAAGUCCAGGUCCCCCUCUGCUGAGACCGAGCACUGAGAGCUGUCUUCCUGUCUCCACCAGCUGUAUCUGUAGAUGUGGUUGUCUCGUGUCUGGUUAGAGUUGCAGUGCAGUCUGUUAAAGCAGCUGCUGGUGGUGUGAUUUUAUUGUAGGUUGCUUAAUAGAAAACCAUAUGAGAUGCUCUUGUUAUACAAACUGGGCAUAACUUUCUUUUUUUUUAAAUUUAUUUGAAAACUGCAGCCUUUAUGGGAUUGCAACAGCUAGUGUUCCCUUUUCCCUUUUUUUUUUUUUUGGAUAAAAUUUCCACCCCUUCAUAGUUUUUCAUUGUCCUGCAAAUUAAUUUCAUACAUAGGUGAUUGCUAUGGCAAGUGGUAGCCCUUGGUGUGCUGGUUUGUUUGCAAAGCAUACAUGUUUUUUUCUGUUUUUCUGUGACUUAUUAUUUUACACCCCCUUUAAGUGGGUUAUUGGUGUUUUAACACAGCUGUUUAAAAUAUUCUUCAGGAUGGUGUUACUGGUUUCCUAGCCAUACCAAAAAUGCCUUUUUAUUAAUAUUUUUUGCAGUGCUGUCCUGGAAUAGCCUCUUCAUUUCAACUUCUACAAACAGGAAGCCUAACCCUAGGCAGUGACAACGCUGUGAAUUUUAUUCAGGGUGACACUGUUGUUCUGAACUACUUUAUUCUGCUUAAAGGAGUGGACAGUAACCCAUAAGCGGUAAAUUGGUGUCUUUUUUUUUUUUUUUUUUUUACCCUCUGAACGCUCUGCACAGCAAAGUGACAAUUUUAGUAAAGUGGGGAAGGGUGGUAAUAUUAAUGAACCUGGGGAACCGAUCUGAAAAUGUGAUGCUGUGUUUAACAGGGAAUGCACUAUAAGGUCCUAGUGGGUGGGUUCAAUUGGACUAGUAAAGCUGUGGAAAUGGCUAUAAGUGGUUUUGCUAUUGGUUAGGGCCCCUGUUUAUAAUUACAUUUUUCACUUGCUCUCCUUACAUGUGGUAGAAUAUUUUGCUGUAAUUGUGGCUGAAGAGAAUUUAUUAAAUUUAUAUAAACCA